ACGGGCUGUUGCGUGACGUACCGCCCGGGACCUGUGGUCGCACGUGUGUCUAGGCCUAGAGACCCGAUCGUGAGCCGGCCCUUGGUGUCCCCGGGGUUUCGAGGCUGUGGUGGCCGCCGUGUGUUGGGGGGUGAGCGCCGCGCGGCUGUAGUAUGCCUCACAGGAAGAAAAAGCCAUUUAUAGAGAAGAAGAAAGCUGUGUCUUUUCACUUGGUCCACCGGAGUCAACGAGAUCCUUUAGCGGCAGAUGAGACCGCGCCCCAGAGGGUUUUGUUACCUACACAGAAGGUAAAUGAUGAAGAAAGACGAGCAGAACAGAGGAAGUAUGGUGUGUUCUUUGAUGAUGACUAUGACUAUCUACAGCACCUGAAGGAACCAUCUGGCCCCUCAGAGCUUAUUCCCACCAGUACCUUUCACUACAGCAGAGAUGAGAAAGAAGAAACUUCAGUAAUUCCAAGUACUGGAAUUAAGUUGCCUUCAUCUGUGUUCGCAUCAGAUUUUGAGGAAGAUGUUGGGUUGUUAAAUAAAGCGGCUCCAGUUUCAGGACCUCGACUGGAUUUUGAUCCUGACAUUGUUGCAGCUCUUGAUGAUGAUUUUGAUUUUGAUGAUCCAGAUAAUCUGCUUGAAGAUGACUUUAUUCUUCAGGCCAAUAAGCCUACAGGAGAGGAAGAGAGAACGGAUACACAGAAAUCUGAAAGUGAAGAUGGCAGUGACUGGGAAGAUGUGGAUGAUGAGACGGGGAGAGAUAGUGAUGUUGGCUGUGACUCUGCAGGCUCGUUGUCAGAUGAUGACAUGUCUGCCCCCAGGAAGCCUCUUGGACCCAUAGAAAAGCAGUUGUUCUGGGACGAAGAAACGAAAAGUCGGUUCACAGAGUAUUCUAUGACUUCCUCAGUCAUGAGGAGAAAUGAACAGCUGACCCUACAUGAUGAGAGGUUUGAGAAGUUUUAUGAACAAUAUGAUGAUGUUGAGAUUGGAGCUCUGGAUAAUGCUGAAUUGGAAGGUUCCAUUCAAGUAGACAGCAAUCGCUUACAGGAAGUUUUGAAUGACUACUAUAAAGAGAAGGCAGAGAACUGUGUAAAAUUGAAUACUCUUGAACCCCUGGAGGAUCAAGACCUACCAAUGAAUGAGCUUGAUGAAUCUGAGGAGGAAGAGAUUAUUACUGUCGUUCUUGAAGAAGCCAAAGAGAAGUGGGAUUGUGAAUCCAUUUGCAGUACAUACUCAAAUUUGUACAACCAUCCACAGCUUAUCAGAUAUCAACCAAAGCCCAAACAAAUCCACCUAUCUUCUAAAACAGGAAUACCUCUCAAUGUCUUACCUAAGAAAGGGCUUACAGCAAAGCAAGUGGAACGAAUGCAGAUGAUUAAUGGCAGUGAUCUGCCCAAGGUAUCAACCCAACCACGUUCUAAAAAUGAAAGCAAAGAAGAUAGAAGAGCAAGAAAGCAAGCUAUAAAAGAGGAGCGCAAGGAACGAAGAGUAGAGAAGAAAGCUAACAAAUUGGCAUUCAAGCUGGAGAAAAGGCGGCAGGAAAAGGAGCUGUUGAACUUGAAGAAGAAUGUUGAGGGUCUAAAGCUAUAGACGGCUGAAUGUUGAGGAUAAGGCACAUUCCCUUUCUUUAUGGGCUCCUUGUUAUUCAGUUUAUCCAAGAUGUUAAGAGACAAGGCUGUUUGCCGUUUUUACUGGCAGAUAUUGAAGAGCAAAAUACAAUUUUGUAUUGUUUUCCCACCAGCAAGUUUCCCCUGUCAACUGUCUUGUAAAUAUUGUAUUGUUUUAAAUUUAAUAUUAUAAGCUUAGAUUUGCUCUGAAAUAAAUGACUUCAUGAAUGUGAAAUGUUUGGAUAAAUUAAAGGAAAAUAUCUUCAUAACUUGAAUGGAAUUGGUGUAUUCAUUUAUUUGUAUGGUUGUCAUAGUUGUUUUUCGCAGAUGUUCUCAAAUAUUUCUUUGAAACCUCUCCACGCCUUUUCAGGAAUUACAUGGUUUAAUUUGCUGUAUGUAGAAAAGUGGCCUGGUUAAACUCAACUUUGAAAUGCUGAGUUUAUUCUGCUCAGUGGUGAGAACAGUUUUCCUGAGAACAUUCCACUAGUAGGAAGCUAAGUUUUCCCUUGCUGUAUACAAAAAGAACAUUUCAAAAGGAUGGGAAAACUUAAUAUUAAAGUAGUUAGAGUUUAGAUUUCCUGUUAUAUUACUGCAUGCCUUGCUUAUGGGAUUUAGGAACAGUAAAGUCAGGAAACAGAGAAACUGAAGAAGUAAUCAAGAAAACCUCUCUGGCUUUAAUGAAUUCCUAGCUCAAAAUCAGAUAUUUCUUCAUUUCAGUUUAAACUGGAAUGUUUUAUCUUUUCAACAGUAUUUAAUGCUCAGACCCUCUCAAGCUUAAUUAAAAUACAGAGUUGAAAACUUGCCCUCCUUUCAGUGAGUAGUUUUUAUUUUAACAUCAACUGCUCCAAGGUUUAAGCAGUGACACCAUCACAAUUGUUAAUUAUUUGGUAAACUGUGACUUCUUACAACUGACUAGUGGCCCUUGUUCAUGUGUCCCUGCCUAAUGUGGUGUUAUAUGGACUGGACUCUGAAAAUCUGUGGACACUGUUCAUCUGAGUGAGGAACAGUAUGGAUGGGGCAGAACCAUUUUGGGCAGGUGAGCUCUAUUUGAUAUCUUAACUUUUUAGAAGUGUCAUCUAGAAUUCAUUUGACUAUGGUUUUUCCAAAUCUGAUAGGUUUCACUUUAUUCUGCCAAGUGAAUUUUUUAGAGUUGUGAAAACCAAUAGCAUAGAUAUUCUACCAACAUUGAUUACAAAAUAAAUAAA